AUGUGUGUAUACCCCAAUGCCCUGCAGAAGAAGGACUUUGAUCAGUGGUUCCUGGACCGAUUUGGCCCGCCGGCACCUAGCUUCUGCAAGACCAGCUUCGGCGACGCCGUGCAGAGGGGUCUCAACGAAGGCAUGUUGGUGAUGGCCUGGUUUCACGAGGCAGAUGGACCGGCCACUGAAAGAUUCUGCAGGGAGGUGCUGCAGAACGAACUGGUGCUGGGCCUGCUCCAGGACACGUUUCUCCUGUGGGCGGGAGAUGUUUGCCGCUUCGAGCCUUCGCAGAUAGCGAGGCUCAUGGGGCUGACGAAGUUUCCAAGUCUGGUUUUGCUUCAGCCCUUGGCCAACGGAUUCGACACCAAUUU